GAAAGCAUCACUUCCUGAGGAUUUUCUUUCAUAGAAGUUUACGUGCCCAUUGCUGUUUUUUUUAGCAGCUGCUCUGGCUGAUACGUAGAUAAAGACAGCGAUAGGUCCGCCUGUACCGAUGACCAAACAGUGUAAAGACCGGAAACUAUCUUCAUAACCGACUAACGUCAAACUUGGUAACGCCUUUAUGUUCCAAAGUACAACCAGAUUACCGGUUGGCUAACAAUUUGUGCAAGAGGUCGCUAGAUCAAAUGACGUUUUUGUCUGCCAGUUUACUUUUGUUGAAGAGAGCACACAUUAAGGUUUUUUUUACAGCUGUUGUCAGCAAGGAACAAAAAUGAGUCGAAGAGAUGAAAGAAACGAGGAAACGGACAAAGCUUCUGUUUCCUCAAAUGUCGCAGACGAUUCACAGAGGAUGAAAACAAUUUACGCUGUGUAUCUCAUCGCCGCUUUGGAUAUCACAUGGAUGUUUUUACAGUUCUCAGUAACCCCU